CCCGAGAAGAUGGAGAAGAAGCUCCACACCGUCCCUGCCACCAAAACUGUGAAAUUCAAGUGUACAUCGAGCGGGACACCCAACCCCACCCUGCGUUGGCUGAAGAACAGCAAAGAGUUCAAACCCGACCACCGCAUCAACGGGUACAAGAUCCGAUACGAGACCUGGAGCAUCAUCGUGGACUCGGUGGUGCCAUCUGAUAAGGGCAACUACAUAAAAUGCGGGGGCACCAACCACCCCUACCAGCUGGAUGUCGUGGAGCGGUCCCCGCCCCGGCCCAUCCUGCAGGCAGGGCUACCUGCCAACAAGACAGUGGCCCUGGGCAGCAACGUGGAGUUUGUCUGCAAGGUCUACAGUGACCCCCAGCCCCACAUCCAGUGGCUGAAGCACAUCGAGGUGAACGGCAGCAAGAUCGGCCCUGACAACCUGCCCUAUGUGCAAAUCCUGAAGACGACUGGCGUUAACACAACAGAAGAAAUGGAAGUCCUUCACUUAAGG